UUGUCCCUUGCAUUUAGUGCAAUUCAAAAAAAUUUUCUUUCUCAGUUUUUAUUGUUAUUAAAAGUUCGCUCAUCUCCCCGUUUCAGAGUUUUUAUCGUGGUGGAGAAAGAGCUGGUCUGGUACAUUGUAUUGGCAAUCGUUAUGAAUAAGCCAUCACGUCUGGAACAAAAAGCACAAAGCUGUAUCGACAAAGGAGAAUAUUAUGAAGCACAUCAGGUGUAUCGAACUUUGUAUUUUCGAAUGACUCAACAGGAGAAGUACGUUGAGCUUCUUGACGUACUUCACUCAGGCUGUAAGAAAAUGGCUGAAGUAAGUCAGUUCCUCGGUUCUAUCGAUCUAGCAGAACUAUAUGCGGAAACAUUGAUGAAGGGAAAGAUAGACCCCUCUGAAAAGGUGCUCAACCAAAUCGCUGAGAUGAUCGAGCAGUUUCUCAAUCCAUCGUUCAGUUUACCUAGCCCAGAUGCCCACACCAAGUUUAUCUCCACCUGCGUUAAAUGGUGA